UUAAUGAAUUUAAAUGUUAUAUUUUAUUAGAAAACAAAGAAAAUAUUACAAAUGUUUCCAUUUGUUUUCUUACGUUAGAAAUCCUGCGCAGUUAGUUGGUUGCGUAAUCACAGAACCAAGGACGAGGUUCGGAUUUACAUUCGGAAUCUGUAAUAGAUUGUUGGUUGUAUUUCCUCUACAAAUAAGUAUCAUUUGCCUGUGGAAAAAAAAAUGAAAAAGGUGGCAGUAAUCGGUGCGGGAGCGAGUGGAUUAGCAGCUAUAAAGACUUGUUUAGAAAACAAUUUAGAAGUGGUGUGCUACGAAUGGAACACCGACGUCGGAGGAAUAUGGUGUUACAAAGAGAAGGCAAUCGAAGGUAUGGGUUCGGUUGCCAAGUCUACGAUUAUCAAUAGCAGCAAGGAAUUAAUGGCUUACAGCGACUUUCCACCUCCGAGUUCUCUUCCCAAUUUUAUGCAUCAUACCGAAUUGUUACAGUAUUUGAAGCUAUACGCAGAAUAUUUCAACCUGAUUCCCUUCGUUAAGUUUCGGCAUCGCGUGUUGGAGGUUACACCCUCCACCGAUUACGACGAAAGUGGAAAAUGGAUUGUCGGGGUAUUAAACGAAGAAAACGGCAAUCGGUUCAACGACGAGGUAAAUGCAGUUAUGGUAUGCACGGGUCAUCAAGGAUAUCCGAAUCGAGUUGAAUUUCGUGAUCAAAACAAAUUCUGCGGUAAUAUUAUCCACAGUCACGAAUUUAAAGACUUAUCGAUGUACGAAAAUAAAAAAGUUUUAGUGGUGGGAUCGGGAAAUUCUGCUGCUGACGAUGCCGUCGAUUUAAGUUACGUUGCUCAAAAGACAUAUUUAAGUACAAGACGAGGAUUCUGGAUUUUAAGAAGAACGGAGGAAUGCGGAAAGCCAUACGACUUCGAUUUUAUCAGCCGUCCAUUUGCUGCCAUGAUUAAAUAUCUACCAUUCAAUUUUACUUGUUGGUUUAUAGAAAGAAAACUUAAUAAAUGGUUUAAUCACGAAAUAUAUCAACUGACACCUUCUCAUAGAGUGCUGAGUCAAUUUCCUACAGUCAACGACUUUUUACCAAGUAGGAUUUUAUCGGGAAGAAUCAUAAUAAAAGGCAAUAUAGAAAGGUUCACGGAAAAUGGUGUCAUCUUUGAAAAUGGAGAAUCUGUAGAAGUGGACGAAGUAAUCAUGGCUACCGGCUAUAAUAUAAAAUACCCAUUCUUAAAAAGUAUAAGAACUGAUAAUAAUGAAGUAGAGUUAUACAAAUAUAUAUUUCCACCGGAUAUGAAGUACCCUACUCUUGGAAUAAUCGGAUGCAUAAAUGCUCUAGGUGGUUUCUGUCCUGUUGGAGAAAUGCAAUGCAGGUAUUUUAUCGAAGUAUUAACUAAUAAGAUAGAAUUACCUUCUGUUAAAGAAAUGAAAGAAGAUAUAAUAAAGAAAAGGAACGAACUCAAAAAGACAUUUUAUGAAUCGAUACGACAUACAAUAGAUGCUCCUCUAAUUGAAUAUUUAGACGAACUGGCGGCUUUAAUUGGUAUCAAACCUAAUUUGUUCAAGCUGCUUUACACUGAUCCUAUCCUUUUUAAAAAGUUGCUAUUAGGGCCAAGUCUUCCGUAUCAAUAUAGAUUAUACGGAUCAUAUUCGUGGUCGGGUGCCAGAAAAGCAAUUUUGUCUAUGGAAGAGCGUUAUUUGACUCCCUUCAGAACUCGUUACAAAGUUGAAAAUAAGAAAAACUUUUGCAGUAGAAUUAUAAUUAUUUCCUUGCUUGUGAUUUUGUUUUCGAUACUGAUAAAGUUAAUGUUACAGUUGUAAAAGACCAAUUAUUCGGUCUUUUACCCAGGGGCGGAUCUACGUAGGGAUUAAUAAAGCUUAAGCCCCUGAGCCCCAAGUGUCAAGGGCCCACAAAAAUUGAAUUACUAUAAUAAAAUUUUAAUACUUCAUUAACUACUUUUACUAUACGAUAAUUUAAGUUACAUUAUAUUAUUAUUUGUAUUGAUAAAAAAAAAGUGCCCUAUUGGAUGUUAAUAAGUCCUAGACCCCGAAAAACGUAGAUCCUCCCCUAAAUUUUACAUGAUUUUGGAUAGUUGGAUACAGUAAUACGAAGUAUGUGACAACUGUAUUAUGUUAUACUCGCUUUCGUAUUUAAAUUUAACAGUGGAAAUAUUUUGUUAAGCUAUUAAUUAAGCUAGGAUCAUAAAAAUAGAAUUUUCUAACUAGAUUUCAGUUUAUGAAAGCUUGAUUAAAUAGCCAUUAUCAAUCUUAUUGCCAGAUGUAAUUCGUACUUAAGCUGGCUAGCGUGACCAAAGAAUGGUAUUUUCGUAUGUAAUACACGAAAUUUUACAAUUUUUAACAUUAAAAAUGUACUCUACUUUAAAAAAAUACGGUAUAAAUUGUAAGAUGUGGCCACCGUACUAUAAUAUCCGCGAUAUUCAAAAACGGAACGUAAAAGGGUGAGUUACAUCGAGCGAUUAAAUAAACAAAUCGAUGCCUCGUGUUCUUUUAGGCGAAUCUCGAGCCUCCGUCCAGUUUCUCCAACGUAUGAUUUCGCUUGCAAACAAUCACAUGAUACUUUGUAAACCACUCCUGCGACGUCAAGCUGAUUUUUUACUAUAUUUUGACCUCUGGUGUUUUAUAAUAUUAAUAAUAUUCGACAUUUUGUUUUCCUGCUUGGCCACUACACGUAUAGAAAACUUUUUAAAUAUGGGGGAUAUAAUAUGAAUUUCCAAUAUAUGCUAAUACAUAUCCGAUAGUGACCGACAUGGAAAAUGUUAUUCAAAAAUUACCUGGAAAUAAUGAGGAAAAGGCGAUGUUACGGUCCAAUAUAAGUAAGGAUUUGGAAAAAUAUAAAAAGGUAAAAAUGGUUUUAUACUCGAUAA